ACGAACUGCGUUAGUUGUAUUACACACUGUGACCGGAGGAGACUCCUCGAGUGGUCUGUCCACAGGCAACUCGUCAGUUGAUAAUGCGUUCGUCAAUGAGAUAGAGAAAUUGUGAUGUGACUCUAAGAAAUAAUUGUGUGGGAGGGUUGUUCAACAAUUGAAUAUACGUCCAUAACGUGAGUGAUCAAUUACCAGACAGUUUCUGAGUGGAGCGCAGUGCGCAAGAGGAUGUCACCAUUCUUCAAUUAAAACACUCAUGUGUUCAUUGAUAUUUUCUAUAGUUCAUAAAUUAACACCAUAUUUCUCUACAGUGUGUGAUUAAUGCAGUCUGUGUGUCCGUGAGACUUGAGUGCCAAUUUCUUGUGCAAGAGUGAAUUAUCCUACCGAUCUUGAAGAAAUUUUCUAAACUUGUCUCGUCCAAAGAAUACGAUAAAAUGUUCGAGAGUCUUAUCAAUUCUCUCUCGCUGAAUGUAUAUGUGGUGAUUGUGAUACUCUUAUCAAUUGCGGGCAUUUGGGCUAUCAUUAGCUGGGCCUAUGACAAUCUAAGGUCACUUGUGCUUAUUGUUAAGGCAGUCUUGGCACCCUACUUCCUGCCACAGGAGAAUCAGACACUGGCGGAAAAGUAUGGAAAUUGGGCAGUGAUCACGGGUUCAACGGAUGGAAUUGGGAAACAAUAUGCCCGCGAAUUGGCGAGUCGCGGCAUAAACGUCGUGCUAAUCUCGAGGACGGAGAAGAAACUCGUGGAGGUGGCCAAUGAAAUAGAGCAGGACUUUCAUGUGAAGACCAAAUGGAUUGCCGCGGAUUUCAGCCAAGGACGUGAUAUUUAUCCUCGCAUCGAGGAGGAGCUCAGAGGAAUUCCAGUGGGAAUUCUGGUGAACAAUGUGGGUCGCAUGUACGACGGCCCCGAUUCCAUCGGUCAUGUGCCGGAGGAUCUGCUCUGGGACAUGGUGAACAUCAACUGCGGAGCUGUGACGAUGAUGACGCGGCUCUUGCUCAGCGGCAUGGUGGAGCGGAGGAAGGGCGCCAUUGUCAACAUUUCGUCAGGAAGUGAGCUCCAGCCAAUGCCAUAUAUGGCCGUCUACGGAGCCACCAAGGCUUAUGUGCGGAACUUCACGCUGGCCAUCCGUAACGAAUUGGCGCCAUAUGGCAUCACCGUGCAGCUCGUGUCACCAAUGUUUGUCGUCACGAAGAUGAACCAAUAUUCAGAGCGACUCAUGACCAGCAACAUCAUGAUUCCCGACGUGAAGAUGUACACUCGCAGCAUGAUUUUCACACUGGGAAAAUCUGAUCAAACGACUGGGUAUUGGUCUCACGCUGUCCAGUACGCGUUUAUGAAGAUGGUGCCGGAGUGGGUGAGACUUAUGAUAGCAACAAGAAUGAAUUCCGGUCUGUCGGCUGAUUACUAUGCUCAGCUGAAGCAAGACAAGAAUGACAACAUCGAAACAAUGACGUCGAUGUGAAGAAUAAGUGCGAUGCAGAUAAAUUCCAUCA